AAGUGAUGCAUUCCAGAGUUCUUGACUAUUCUGUUACUUCCAGCAGUGUAACCAAAGCACCUUGACCUUUUUACUCAAUGGCUAAGUCCCGUGUUUUUUAUAUACGAUUUUGGACUUGGAUUUCUCAGUGUUUUCGAGGGCUGUGUCGGAGUCUCCAGAAAUUCUUGAAUGUCAAUAUUAAGGGCCUCUGCUUUGAGAAGGAAGAGAUUUUCAUCCCUCCAGUUGAAUGUAUUUUUCACAAAGAAAAAAUGGUGGUGCUUGGUCAUGUGGUGAAGAAUAAAAAACUACCCAUUGAGAAGCGAGCUCAAGCUGCCUAUAAAAUUGGACUAUUGGCUUACACAGGAGGGCCGACUGCUGGGAAAUUUGCUGCCGAGUACAUGAAAGAAGUAGCUAACUUGCUGAACCAUCAAGAGAUGACACCAAGAACAAGGAUCUUGCUUCUCCAGAGUGUGGCAUGUUGGUGUCACUUAAACCCUGUCAGCCAGAAAAGAGCCAAACGUAUGCAGUUUAUUAAUGUUCUCAUUAAGUUUUUUGAGCAAAAAUAUGAUUCUACUAUCAAAAGUCAAAUUAACAGCAACCUCCUCAUUAAGUUUUGGAUUUGCUAUGUUCUCUCUGUCAUGACGUGCAAUAAUGUGCUUUGCAUGAAUGCGCUUAAAGAACACACACAUCUAAAAUAUCAUUUGCAAAUGUUGGCCUCCGAGAAUUGGGCUGGGUGGCCUGAGAACUUUGCCGAGGUGCUGUAUUUUCUAAUUGGUUUUCACAAGUGUUAAUUUCUCUAAAUAUUGUUAUCUGAUGCAUCUGUCUGCACCACUGUAUUACCCCAGAAAACUGAAAUAAAUCAUAAAAGUCAAUAUAUUCUUCU